ACCUUCAGCCACUUGUUCCCUUAUUUCAAUCUUGUAUCAAUAGCAUCAUGUCUGGAUCAUGGGAGGUUCGAAUGUCCAACUCGAAAGGGAUCCCUUACUUUUUCAACAGGGAGACGAAACAAUCUAGCUGGGAACCGCCUGCGGAAGUGCCCAAGGAGCAGAUCAGCUCUCUUCCUGGUGCUAAGGAAUACCUUGUUUCUGGAGGUGGUGGCAACCCGCCUGCUAGCGGUCAGGUGCGCGCGAGUCACUUGCUAGUUAAGCACAAAGGCAGCCGGCGACCAGCAAGCUGGAAAGAGUCCAACAUCACGCGCUCUCAGGAUGAAGCAAUCGCCAUCCUCCGAGGGUAUCAAGCGGAAAUUGGUGGCUCCGCAGAGAAGUUCGCAGAGCUCGCCUCUAAGCACUCUGACUGUUCGUCACACACGAAUGGCGGCGAUCUUGGCUGGUUCGGACAUGGCCAGAUGCAGAAACCGUUCGAGGACGGAACUUAUGCUCUUGAGGUUGGUCAGAUCAGCGACGUGAUCAGUUCCGAUAGUGGGGUCCAUCUGAUUUUGAGAACGGGCUGAGAAAGCGAAGAAUGGAGAGUGUGGUACGAUUGCAGUUUGUACGUAUACCAUUAUGAUGCCUGUAUAACAAAGACGACAUGGUUUGCAUUUCUUGUACGUAUUCUGUUUUCCAUGGCCGAAUUUUACAAAGGUACUGUGGAACCG